UGUCGCAGUUGCUAUUCUCUGCCAAACAAUACUGAGAAAAUUGAUAUAACCAACCAUUUUUACCUAAUGAUAAGUAAUUUUAAAUAAGUCGUCUAAAUUAGUAAUAUUUGUAAGAACUAGUCAACUUGAUAAUGUGAUAUUUAGUGUACCCAUGGCUUCCAAUCCGCAAGAUUCGCCUGUCGUACAGCAGACGUUAACAUUUGUCGAAGAGAUAAAUUACAGUGAGAUAGAAGAGUUACAGGUCGUGGGAAAGGGGGCGUUCGGUGUUGUGUGGAAGGGUCUAUGGCGGAACACAUUCGUGGCUGUGAAGCAUAUCAACUCAGAGGCUGAGAAACGUGAGUUCGCGAUAGAAGUGCGGCAGUUGUCGCGUGUGUCGCACCCCAACAUCGUGCGGCUGUAUGGGGCGUGUACACAGGGCACAAAUGUAUGUCUGGUAAUGGAAUAUGCAGAGGGGGGCUCCCUGUACAACGUCCUACACAACCGCCCGAAGCCUAAAUACACUGCUGCUCAUGCCAUGAGUUGGGCCCGGCAGUGUGCUGAGGGUGUUGCAUAUCUCCACUCAAUGAAGCCCAAGCCUUUAAUACACAGAGAUUUGAAACCCCCUAACUUGCUACUGGUGGGUGGCGGGCAGUGCCUGAAGAUUUGUGACUUUGGCACUGCAGCUGAUAAAGCGACAUACAUGACUAAUAAUAAAGGCAGUGCAGCGUGGAUGGCUCCUGAAGUAUUUGAAGGAUCAAACUACACAGAAAAAUGUGAUGUCUUCUCGUGGGGUAUUAUCCUAUGGGAAGUGUUGUCUAGAAGAAAGCCUUUUGACGAAGGUGGUUCAGCAUUUCAAAUUAUGUGGGCAGUACAUUUAGGGCAGAGGCCAAAUCUAAUACAGGGAUGUCCCGAGCCCAUCGAGCAACUAAUGACACAGUGCUGGCACAAGAAACCAGCGGAAAGACCCAGCAUGGCUAAGGUUGUAGAAAUAAUGGCGGCGCUGUGCGAAUUCUUCCCCGGCGCGGACACACCCAUCAACUACGAGGACUGCGAGGAUGACGACUCGGAGAGCAUAGACGAGGAGUACAUGAUCUCCUACAACGACACCAUGGACAGCCUCGAGCGCGAGGACCUCGCCACCCCCACCAACUACCCCCCAGAAACACACUCCAACCCCGUCCCUCUCCGCAACAAACCACCCACCUCCCCCCGACCCAGAAGCUUCGUCGAAACACAAGUAUCCAAACUACAACACAUCAUGGCUGCCGAAGCACAACCAAAAACCUCCGCCUUACCCAGAGAAGAACCCGAUGUGCACAACCGAAUAGGCCCCGUCAACAUCCCUCAACAAUUCAGAAAGCCAGAGCAAGACCGAUCACCCGCCAUACAAACCACUUCGAGCUCUCCAGUCCCAACCCGACACCCUAUAAGCGAAGGCGGCACCCCUCAAGACACGUUAAGAGUCAUCAGGAGCCCUAACAUUUUCAGUGAGAGUUCAUCGCCUCGAGGCAUCUCUCCUAUAGUCAAUUACAAUAUCGGCAAUAUGAACCCUAGGCAUAUAGACAUGGAGCAGUAUUGGAACAGCCAGAGCGAUAAAUUGUCCCCCGCGAGGAGUCCUCUCGCCAGUAAUACGAGUAAUUCGGUCCGGGAGGACUACAAUCAGAACUAUUGUGACAGAUUGAGCGCAGGAAAUAGCCCAAUGACGCCAAUGAACGAGUGGAAGUGUAACAAUAACAAGUACAAUGGAAACGUACAGAGAUUGCCGACCGACGCGCGAUAUACGCCUUUACAGAUUGAAGUAGAUCCUAACGCGUGGGAGCUCAAUCAAGACGACCAAGCGUUGUACGAUUACGUUGGUGUCAAGAACAUGGCUGGGUUCGAUAAGUUCAUCACUAUGGGCAACAGUAGCGGCUCGCCCUCGGGCCCCGGCGGCGCCGCGCCGGCCGAGCCGGACCCGGCGCUGGACUCCAUGCACAUGAUGCUCGACCCGCACCUGCGGCCCAUCUCCCCGGACCUCAACAACGACGAGUCCAAGCGCAUCUUCGACGAGCACAAGCAGCUCGCCCAGGAAUACCUCAAGAUACAAACAGAGCUGGCGUAUCUCAGCCAGCACAAGACUGAGCUCGAGGAGCAAAUGGACCACAACGAGCUCCAGCAGAAGAGGGAAGUCAUACAAUUACAAAAUGAGAAGGAAUCCUUGAUCAAGUUAUUCUGCAGCCUCAACAAGCAGCUAGCGCGGGUGGACAACGACAGCUGGCUCCUCCCCGACGACACGCACGAGUGACGCGCGUACUCCGCACGCAGGGACCAGCCAGCAGGCUUAUGCCAAAGGACUUUACUUAGUCCGGGACCUUAGUACCUACCGGUAGAAACUGUGGUGCUACUAACAAAUUACUACGGCGGGUAAAUAGCUGGUCGGUCCCCGACGACGCAUGAGUAAUGUACGUACUUCCUCGCAGGCAGGGACCAGCCAGCAGGCUCAUGCCAAAGAGUAUUAGCCGGGGACCUUAGUACCUACCGGUAGCGAUGUGUUGAGCCUUUAAAUCUCGGCGCUAGUAAUAAUGACUAGACGCGGGUAGGCAUCUGGUUGCGCCCUGUUGACGCGCGCACCUUCCACGCAGGGACCAGCCAGCAGGCUGAUGCCAAAGAGUAUUAGUCAGGAAUCUUAGUACCUACCGGUGGCCACAAACAUGUGUUGAGCCCUUAAAUCGACAGACUUUGGCGCUAAUAACAAAAGACUAAGACGAGCUGGUUUCGACAUACGCAGUGCUCGUGCCCAGGGACUACUUAGCCAGGGUCCUUUGUACCUACAGGUAGCGAUGUGUUGAGCCUUUAAAUUGACAACUAUGUUUAUUAGGUCCUUCAAUCGAUAGAAACUAGGUUAAAUGAACCUUUGAGUAGUAUUUUGCACAUUGUCGAAUUAAUAGAUGUUACCGGUUGAUUUAGUCCUUAAAUAUAGGUACAGAUGCCGCGGAAAUUUCGCAGCCCGAUAGCACUAAAUUAUUCAAGAUGAAAAGUACAAAAUACCCUUCGAUUAAUAUCUCGCACGUUGUUGCCGGUUUAAGGGUUCAACUGUCUGUUUCCUAAUUGAGGUUACAUUUAAGGGUACCUCAGGUACUUUUGGUUCCCGCUUAGGAGGCAUCCGUAGAUACAUUCUUGUAUAUUGAUCUCAAGAAGCCUUCAUUUUGUCUUCCCUAUGAUGGCACAUUUUGUGCCCGAUAUUUCAGUCAUGUUUGCAGUGUUUAAUGCUUUAACUGUAAUAUAGAUGGUGUUUAUACUUAACUAAUUCGAUCGAAUUAUUAAAGAAAUACUAAAACGGAUCACAAACAUAUUUAGAGUCGAGCAUGGCCCGAUAAGUUUCACUCCGUACUGAGGAGCGUUAUCCGUAAUGCGUUGUGAAACUGGGUGACUGACUUGUUUGAAUAAAAAGGCGGUCAAGCAAUUGUGACUCAAAGGGCUCACCACACCGGCCAAUUCUCUUCGGCGCGUACCUUCCUAAAUCUUGACGUUGGCGGAAUCAACGACGAGCCAAUCACUUAAAGAUGUAGGGUAAAAAAAAGAGGUUUUUCGUCGAAAGAAAAUUUUAAUUUCGCGACUUUUUAAUGACAAAACUUGCUUGGCCGUCUAUCUUCAAUAUUUCAAUCGAAAUGUUAAAUUUUCUUGUAAUCCGUAGGGUACAGAAUCCGCUAACUUCACGAAUUUAGUUCCAAAAGUUAGCGGCGUCCCACCUAACUAAUGACAUGUAUUUUAUGUACUUAAUCUUGAACAACAAUUUGUAUAUUCAUUAUAUGUUACCCCCCUUAUUCAUAAACGUUCACUAAAGUUAUCAAGCCGAUAAAGUUCGUUUGACCCUUUUCCGACGUAUUGGUGUGAUAGAAAGGGACAAACGAACUUUAUCGGCUUGAUAACUUUAGUAAACGUUUAUGAAUAAGGGGGUACUUGUGUAAGUUUAGCACGUUUUAGUGCUAUUUUGUGCAAUAAGUGCCUUUCUGUUCUCCCCAUUAAAUAUGCGAAGAAUUGGCAAGACACUAUCCCAUACAGGUCACAUAGACACAGGUUAUAUUUUAUUUCGUUAUAUUAUGUGUGUUUGGAAUUGUUCUGAUUGUAUAAAUGUAAGAUAGAAUUUAGUUAUAAGGAUAAAAUAACGUUUAAUAAAUAAAUAUUAUAAUA